AACUCGAUUUCUUUUCAUUGUCAAGUGCAAAAGAUUUAACUUUCCUAAUGUCCAAUAAACAUAAGAGCAUUGACACCAGACGAUCUUUUGUCUGUCCAAGGUUUGGUUUUAGCUGUUUUUACUGAUCAAACAUAUAUAAGUAGAACUUAAAGUUCCCUAAAUUCAUAAAUAUUUGAGAAGCAGAAGAAUUGAUAUUGAGCAAGCAUGAAUUCCUUGACGCUGAUACUUUGGUUGUCAACCUUUUGCACCACCAUUUUGUCUUAUCCGUACGAAGACACAUACAGACAAGGUGACAUUGUCGGUUAUCCUGUUGGUAACCAAGUCAACAUAAACAGAAAUGUACCAAGUAAUAGAAAUACGGGAGGCUAUUAUGGAGGUGGAAAUCCAAACAGCAGAUAUAAUGGAGGUCAUUAUGGAAGAGACAUAAAUGGUAUGAACAGAGGAGAUUAUUAUCCAAGAAACAUGAAUCAAAGAUUGGCAAGACCUGGUAUAUACGGGCAAAGGAACAUAGGGCUAAUGGGACACAAUCAGAUGCAAGGACAAAGACGAAGGCAAAACGGUUACUUAAAACCCCGUCUUGGAUUAGGUGGAUACAGAAAUAAUAACGAUGGAUAUGAUUACUAUGGUCAAGGACAAUACAGGAAGUUGAAUAAUCGUAAUCGUCGUCCAAACUUGUUUUACAAUGAUUAUAACAAUGAUGAUUAUACUGAUUAUGAUAGAGCUUAG